AUGGCCGCUGCACAUGCUUUUUUUGCUCAAGAUCAAGGUACAACAUUCAAUCUGGAGUACGCAUGGCGACUGUUAAAAGAUGAACCUAAAUGGAUGCAAGAAUCAAUUGGAAGUUCUUCAAAAAUAACAAAGACUUCUGCUAGUGGGGCAUCAUCGGAGAACCCAAUUACACCUUCAAGUUAUGAGUUUAACUCUUCAUCACCAAUGGAGCGUCCAAUGGGACAAAAAGCAACAAAAAGGAAGGGUAAGGCAAAUGAAAUUCCAACUGCUAAGCAAGAUGAAAGGAAUAAAAUAACAACGACAAUGGAAAGACUAGCGCAAUGUAAGGAGGACGAGAUAGAAGUCAAGGAAGUAAAGCAGCAUCAGAAAGGCACAUCUAGAGCUGUUUUUCUAAGCCUUAUAUCCAACGAGAAAAAGAAACAGAUUAAGUAG